AUGCCAGAGGAACAGGAAUUCAGCCAAUUUGAUGAUGCUGACCCUAGAAUAAACUAUAAGGUAAGAGCUAAGAAGACUCUCGAGGAAUACAAACAGUUGGAUGCGGAAGAUGAGUCCCUUGCCAAAUGGAAAGAGUCUCUUGGGUUGUCCAAUGAUAUUCUUCCACUAGAGUUCCCGGGUGAUAAGCGUAAGGUUGUAAUCAAAUCCAUCAACCUACUUGUCGAUACCGAGGCUGAACCGAUUACUUUCGAUCUAGCUACCGAAGAGUCCAUUAAGCAGUUGGCCUCUAUAAGAUACAAGAUCAAGGAGAAAGCCGUUUACAAAUUGAAAAUCACUUUCAAAGUGCAGCAUGAAAUUAUCACUGGUCUGAGAUAUGUUCAGUACAUUAAGAAGGCAGGUAUUUCAGUGGAUAAGAUUGAUGAUCACCUGGGCUCCUAUGCACCUAACACCGAAACGAAGCCCUUUUAUGAAGUAGAAUUGCCAGAGAGUGAGGCGCCUUCAGGUUUCAUAGGAAGAGGUUGUUAUAGCGCAGUUUCCAAAUUUAUUGAUGAUGACCAGACCAAUCAUUUAACGUUGAAUUGGUCCGUCGAAAUUGUCAAGAAAUGA